GAGGAGGUGGCCAGAGCUGAGACAGCUGCAUGAGGGCCCAGGCCCACCUCCUGGCCUCUGGUGGGUGGGAAGGGUGCAGGUUCCUAGAUGCAGAGCUGUGACUGUGUUCCUUGGCCCUCUUCCCCAGUGCUGGAACAGCUGAUCCCAGAGCUCACAGGGCUACUCAGCCUCCUGGACAACGAGUACCUCAGUGACACCACCCUGGAGAAGAAGAUGGCUGUGGCCUCCAUCCUACAGAACUUGCAGCCCCUCCCAGCCAAAGAAGUUUCCUACCUGUAUGUGAACACUGCGGACCUCCACUCUGGGCCCAGCUUUGUGGAGUCUCUCUUUGAAGAAUUCGACUGUGACCUGAGUGACCUUCGGGACAUGCCAGAGGAUGACGAUGAGACCAGCAAAAGAGCCAGCCCUGAGCCAGCCAAGAGCCCGUCUCUGAGGAAUGCAGGUGAGCUGCCUCCGCCACUGCCCAGCAAGCCUCCGCCUGAGGACUACUAUGAGGAGGCCCUCCCGCUGGGCCCCGGCAAGUGCCCAGAGUACAUCAGCUCCCACAAUGGCUGCAGCCCAGCCCACUCCAUCAUGGAUGGCUACUAUGAAGACGCAGACAGCAGCUACCCCACGACCAGGCUGAACGGCGAGCUGAAAAACUCCUACAAUGAUUCUGAUGCAAUGAGCAGCUCCUACGAGUCCUACGAUGAGGAGGAGGAGGAAGGGAAGGGACCGCAGCCCAGACACCAGUGGCCUUCGGAGGAGGCCUCAAUGCACCUGGUGAGGGACUGCAGGAUAUGCGCCUUCCUGCUGCGGAAAAAGCGCUUCGGGCAGUGGGCCAAGCAGCUGACGGUCAUCAAGGAGGAUCAGCUCCUGUGUUACAAAAGUUCCAAGGACCGACAGCCACACCUACGGUUGGCACUAGGUGUCUGCAAUGUCAGCUAUGUGCCCAAGGACAGCCGGCACAAGAGACACGAGCUGCACUUCUGCCAGGGAGCCACAGAGGUCUUGGUGCUGGCUUUGCAGAGCCGGGAGCAGGCUGAGGAAUGGCUGAAGGUCGUUCGGGAGGUGAGCAAGCCGGUCAAAGCCGAAGGACUGGAGGCACCCAGGUCCCCAGUCAUCCUGUGCAAACUAGACCCAGACAAGAGACUGUCCCAAGAGAAGCAGACCUCAGACUCGGACAGCAUGGGCAUGGGGGACAACUGUUCCACCCUUGGCCGCCGGGAGGUGUGUGAACACGGUAAAGGGAAGAAGAGCAGCCUUGCAGAGCUGAAAGGCUCUAUGAGCAGAGCAGCGGGCCGCAAGAUCACCCGCAUCAUCAGCUUCUCCAAGAAGAAGGCCCUGGCUGAUGACCCACAGACGCACUCUGCAGAGGAGGAGGUUCCAUGCUGUGGCUACCUGAACGUGCUGGUGAGCCAGGGCUGGAAGGAACGCUGGUGCCGCCUCCAGCGUGGCACACUCUAUUUUCACAAGGAUCGCAAUGAUCUGCGCACACAUGUGAAUGCCAUCGCCCUCUGCGGCUGCGAGGUGGCCCCAGGCUUCGGGCCCAGACACCCCUUUGCCUUCAGGAUCCUGCGCAACAGACAGGAGGUGGCCAUCCUUGAGGCAAGCUGUUCAGAGGACAUGGGUCGCUGGCUGGGGCUGCUGCUGGUGGAGAUGGGCUCCAAUUUCACCCCUGAGGCACUGCACUAUGACUACGUGGAUGUGGAGACCUUAACCAGCAUCGUCAGUGCUGGGCGCAACUCCUUCCUAUAUGCAAGAUCCUGCCAGGAUCAGUGGCCUGAGCCCCGCAUCUAUGAUGAUGUUCCUUAUGAAAAGAUGCCGGAUGAGGAGCCCGAGCGCCCCACAGGGGCCCAGGUGAAGCGCCAUGCCUCGUCCUGCAGUGAGAAGUCCCAUCGAGUGGACCCACAGGUCAAAGUCAAGCGCCACGCCUCCAGUGCCAAUCAAUACAAAUAUGGAAAGAACAGAGCUGAAGAGGAUGCCCGGAGGUACUUGGUAGAAAAGGAGAAACUCGAGAAAGAGAAGGAGACAAUCCGGACAGAGCUGGUGACGCUGAGGCAGGAGAAGAGAGCUCUGAAGGAAGCCAUUCGGAGCAGCCCAGGAGCGAAAUUAAAGGGUCUGGAGGAAGCCAUGGCCACCCUAGAAGCUCAGUGUCGGGCAAAGGAAGAACGCCGGAUAGACCUGGAGCUGAAGCUGGUGGCUGUGAAGGAGCGCUUGCAGCAGUCCCUGGCAGGGGGCCCAGCCCUGGGCCUCUCCAUGAGCAGCAAGAACAAGAGCCAGGAACCUGCAAAUAAACCCCAGACCAGUGCCCCAGAGCAACCUCUGCCUGUCAACUGUGUUUCUGAGCUAAGGAAGAGGAGCCCAUCCAUUGUGGCCUCCAACCAAGGAAGGGUGCUGCAGAAGGCCAAGGAAUGGGAAAUGAAGAAGACCUAGAAAGAGAAUGCAAAUUUCAUUCCAAAGGAAAUACCAACUUGUCCUAAGGGAGAAAUGCUUUGUCACAAGGAGAUACCCUGAGAAAACUGGAAAUGGUCCCUAUUCUCCAGGCCAGCCAAAAGACCAGCUUUCGUCAUCUGCAUGAUUUUAGGGGACUGUAGGGGAGGGAAGAACCAAAAAGGAAGAUGGAAGUAGAGGACACCUUUAUGACUUUACAGAGAAUGGAACUGAGGAUAGGAAACAGAAGUCUACACAGUUGUAAGGACUUUUUUAGAUGCCUUCACCUUUCCUUCUGGAGAAGAGAAGAAAGCACCUGUGAAUAAACCCAUCCAUCCCAUCUUAGUGUCCAGUUCCCAGUCCUUAAGAGAACGGAAGGCAGCACUGAAGCCUCAGGGAUGCACUGUAAGGAAAGAUGAGACUUGAUGAUUUGACUGCACUGUACCAACUGCAUGUGAGCUGGGCUUUGCUUACAACCACCAAGCAAAGCAAAGAGGCUGAAACAUCAAUAACAUCCCUGUCUGGGGGGAAAAAAAAAUCUGACAAGCAGCCACAGAAGAUGUGCAGAGGUACAAAUGCCAUGGUCAUCCCUCAUCUGCUUCAGAGCUAAGUGCAGCUACUGGAAUCUUUUCCAGAACUGAGUUUUAAAAUCAGAGAUCAGAGUAUGCAGAAUGCAAAGAGAAAUUGAGCACCUAACUUAUUUCAGGCUCACAGACAGGAUCAGAGACAGGAGAGUGGAGUUCUAAUAUCCACAGGAGUUUGCAGGCAUUGUAGGGUGGGAUCAUUUGCUUCAAUCAAGUCCUUUAUCUAUUUUAAAUGGCACUGAAGCUCCUGGGGCUUUGGUUAGAGAUCCAGAAGUCAAUAUUUUUAUACUCAUCAAGUCCUCAUCUUAGAAUCUGCAGGCUCACUAGCCUACCCUUCCACAUCUACGAUAAAGUAAACUAUCAGGAAAAAAAUUAAGAGGAUAAUGGCUUAUUUCUGCCUCAAGGAUGCUAAUCUCUCACAAACACUUGAUACCAGUGUCCUGAAUUUGCCCCCUCACUACUGUCUCAACCCUGUGUCAGUUUAUAGGUAUAACAUUUCCCAGAAAUAAAGGUCUAACUAUUUUA